GAAUUGGUACCGGAGAUCCCGAUGUAACCUGACCGCUGCCGUCUCAUCACAGCCAUGCCCCUCCUUGCGUUCACGCUCAGCGAGGACGCCGUUUCGGCCCUCCGCGACGCUCUCAUCUGCCUCAACAAAUUCAGCGAUGACGUGUCUUUCGAAGCGCAGAAGGACAAAUUCGUCCUCACGGCUCUGAAUUCUUCAAAGUCUGCAUACGCCUGCUUCACCUUUUCCACCGCCCGUUUCUGCUCCCGGUACGCCUUCGACGGUCGCGAUAAGUUCUACUGCACGCUCUACACGCGAGCUCUCAUCUCGAUAUUCCGCAGCCGCGCGUCCGGUGAUCCGCAGCGCGGCAUCGCCAGCGGCGCCGACCGGCCCGACGGUCGGGACGGUGCCAUUGACCGCUGCGAGGUGUCGGUCGAGGAUGGGCCUGGCGUGCAGGUGAGCCGGUUCGUUGCUAAGCUCAUCUUCCGCAACGGGCUGGCGUCAACACAUCGGCUACCCUUUGAGGUGGCUGUGCCCGUGCAUGCCAAGUUCAGCCGGGAGGAAGCGGGGCAACCACUGGACCAUCCCGUCGAGGACGUUGCGGCAGCUGAUGGAGCACUUUGGGGCCUUGGUGUGGAGUUGCUGGAUAUCUGCUCGGAUGGGGAGCACGUCAAAUUUUACGUGGCUUUACCGAGAAGACUGUGA